AUGCAUGGCUGCGAGGCCCGGGUCCCAGCAGAUGUUCUUGUAUCUAACCCUGUGUUCAACUCUGUGGGGGCGGGAUCUGUGUCUGACUAUGGAGAUAUGUUAGUUAAAAGGUUGGAGUUUGCAUUUGGUGCUGCCAGGCUUCAUGCGUUGGAGGCCUCUGAGAGACAAAAACUUUACCAUGACCAGACAGUGUGUCAUCGGCCGUACGGUGUUGGAGCGUUGGUGUGGCUGAACAAUCCGACGGAGAGCCGCACUAAAUUAGCGCCGCAUUGGAGGGGCCCGUACCAGGUGGUGCAGGAAUUCUCGUCAGGGGGUGAACCGGCACUGACCUAUGACAUCAUUAAUCCGCUGGAUACUCAGGAGAGGAGUCAGGUGGUUCAUCAUGACAGACUUAAACCAUACACUCUGCCGCUCCCUGCUCGGCCCCCUGCUAGUCGGGUUGUCGCAUUGGACCCUUUCUUGCAUGGAGGGGAGGCAAGUUUGGAGUCAGCACUGGCCCAGCCGCAGCAGUCUCGGUCGGGACGUCUUGUUAAAGCCCCUUCACACCUCAAGGACCUUGUCGUGUGGUUUUUUUUUGUUUUUGUUUAUUAUGGCCCUGGUUUGAGGCAGAUUCUGAGUUAUUUUAUGAACCGAGGACGUUUCUUAUGA